AUGCUCUCCGCGGUCCCAAGGCCAUCGACCUCUUCCCCAGGGCCGGCGGUUGAUUGGACGCGCUCCCGAGAGCCUGGUGCCCCGUCCCCGGCCCCGGUCCCGGCCCCGGCCCCGGCCUCGCCCCCGCCUGCCUGCCCCCGUGUCGUGCGCGCCGGUGCCUCCACCUGGCGAGGCCGCUUCAUGUGA